ACGGAAAAUCUCUGCGAAAAUUCGAAAGGGAAAAAACACACACACACACACAAAAAGCAAGAGGGGAGAAAGCGUGCAACGGGGCUCAGAGAGGCAUCUAAAUCCUACUGUUCUUCUUCACGAGAAAAAGCUCAAAACCCAUCAAAUUUAUAUUAAACUAUCUCUACUUCUCUCUCUUGCUUUUCCAUUUUUUCAUUUGUUUUUGGGUUUUCGAAAUUAAUGGCUAUUAUGAGGCAUAAAGCUCGACAAUGCUAAAAGCACAAGGAAGAAGAGGAAGAGGAAGAGGAAUAUUUUGUUGAGUUGCCCAAUGCUUUCUUUUUGAGCUUCCAUACAAUGGCUGAUGAUCUCUGUUCUUUCAAGGAUAUAUUUCUUAUAAAGGCGCCCAAGAAAUCUCCGUUGGUGCUGAGGAUGAUUGUCUUGUUGUUUGCAAUGGUCUGUGGUGUCUAUAUUUGCUCAAUUUGUUUAAAGCAAGUCAGCAACCGCACCAACGUUGCCGGGUUUUUAAAUGUCCAGGUGAUUCAAAAGCCAUGCCCACGACCUGAUGUUGAGCCUGAGGAAGUUCCUUAUGUGCACUACCCAAAGCCCGUAACUUAUAGCCGGGCUGAAUGUGCAUGCAAUCCUGUGCGAUAUUUCGCAAUUUUGUCGAUGCAGAGGUCUGGAAGUGGGUGGUUUGAGACGCUAUUGAAUAAUCAUACUAACAUAAGUUCAAAUGGGGAGAUUUUCUCUGUUAAAGUGAGGAGAAGUAAUGCCUCAACAAUCGUUGAGACUUUGGACAGACUUUAUAAUCUAGAUUGGUUCAGUAGUGCCUCAAAGAAUGAGUGCACAGCUGCAGUUGGCUUAAAGUGGAUGCUUAAUCAGGGCUUGAUGCAGCACCAUGAAGAAAUAGUGGAUUACUUCAAAACUCGAGGUGUUGCUGCUAUCUUUCUCUUUCGAAGAAAUCUGUUGCGCAGGAUGAUCUCUGUGCUUGCAAAUUCUUAUGAUCGAGAUGCUAAGCCGCUGAACGGGACCCAUAAGUCUCAUGUGCAUUCUCCUCAUGAGGCAGAGAUACUUGCAAAAUACAAGCCUACAAUCAAUGCAACUUUACUGAUACCUAACCUGAAACAAGUAGAGGAUACAACUACAAAAGCGUUGGAGUAUUUCAAGAGCACCCGGCAUAUUAUCCUAUACUAUGAGGAUAUUGUUAAAAACCGAACUAAAUUGCUAGAUGUUCAAGAUUUUCUUAAGGUUCCACAAAGGGAUUUAAAGAGUCGUCAGGUGAAGAUACACAAAGGCACCUUGUCUAAUCAGAUUGAGAAUUGGGGUGAUGUUGAAAAGACACUUACAGGAACACAGUAUGAAAACUUCCUCCAUGCAGAUUAUCGACGAAGGUAAAAAAAGCACCGGGGCGAUGUACAUACCAUGCUUUGUUCUUUAACAUUUUUUUUUUCUUCUCUUUUCCUUAACCUCAGAAGCCAACAGGAGGUUACAGGUCACCUCCCUGUUGAAAUUUUGGCGGCAGCUUCUGAAUUUCAAUUAGCUUCCUUGUUAUUACUCAAAUUUUGUUUCUUGGCCACUCUCAAUUAAUAUUCAAUUGAUUCUUUCA